AUGUUGUCACCAAGGUUUGAGGGUUUACCGAAGAAGAGUCGUAGCAUACCCAAAAAAGCGAGGAGGGUUCACGGAGUGUAUCUGGGUAAAACUAGUGUGAAGCGUAAGCAACCAGUGGUUAUAUGUGGUGAUCUAUUGGUGGCUGAUGCGGAUUGUGUCAGCCCUAAACGCUUCUGUAGUGGCGCUAGUCUGAUAAGGCCAAGGAGACUGCUCUAA